AUGGAGGUGGCGCGGGCAACAGGCCCGACCGUGCCCGUGCCGGGAGUGGGCGAUGUGGUGAUUGACCUGGACCCCGUCGCCGGGGUCGCUGGGAUGGCGAAGGAACCGGAGGUAGCUCCCGCGCCAAGCCCCACCACGUCGACCGCAGCGGCGGCGGCAACCACUGCCUUCCCCGAAGAGGCGCUCGGCAAAGCGCCAGCAGCCACAGAGGCUACCAGGGCGGGCUCCCCGGCCAGCCAGCAGGAGGCGGCUCCUGCCGGGGGCGCAGCAACCCCAUCACCCCCGCAGCCCUUCGGCGCAGCCGUGGGGGAGGCUGUGGCGGAGGAGCAGCAGAACGCUCCGCCGCAGGCGAACGACCCCCUGUCCAGCCAGACAGUGGCGGCGAGCGCUUCGUCGUCGUUGGCCGCUACCUCCAGCACGAGCCUCGGCACCCUCGCCGGGGCGGAAGCCAAGAAGGAGCACGCGGAGGUGCUCGCCGCGGCUCAGGCUCGGAUCGAUGAGAAGAGCGACCUGAUCAGCAAGUACCUCGGUGAGAUCCAAGGCCUGCGCGUCAAGCUAGAGGUGCAGACCAAGGCUACCGUAGACGCGAUAACACCGGCUACGCGGCAGGAGGUAGAGCUCAACUCCGCCAAGGGUAGAAGGGCCCGACUCGAGACCGAGCUGGCCACCGUCCAGGAAGAGCUCGUCAAGGCGGGCGAGGACAAUGCGGCCAAGGCCGCACAACUCUCAGCGCAGGUGAGCUCCCUCCGCAAGGCCAAGCACACCCUGCCCUUAGCCCGAACCAACCACGGCACGCUGAUCAGGCAGCGGGAGCUGGAGACCAAGAAGCUGCUUGGAAUCGCCCAAUCGCUGCGCGACCUCCUGCCGCGGUUCGAGCUACGAGCCACGCGGGUGGACGGGACGGACGUUACCACGCUAAUCCUGUUCUUCUCUGACCUGUUCUCUGGUUCUGCUUAA